CGCUAGGGCGCAGGAGCCGCGGCGCCGGCGGGGGCCGCGCAACUCGGGCCAAGUGCAGGGCGGGCGGGCGCUGAUCCCGGGCGCCGUCUGCAGCCGGCGGCCGAGCGCGGAGCCGAGAGGUGUGGGAGGCGGCGGCGCAGGAGCGAGCGGAGCCCGGCGCCGGCUCCCCGGAGGACCAUGCGGGCCCCGGCCGCGUCGCUCGGGCUGCUGCUGGCGCUGAGCGCGCUCCGCUGCGCAGAGUGCACAGGUCGAGGUGUCGCAGACAGCCUGCAGAGGUUCUCUUCGCUGCCUGCCUACCUCCCAGCUAGCUUCCAAGUCUCUGACGCCGAAGAGGCAUUCUUCCUCAAGGAGGCAAACCAGGACCUCAUGCGCAACGCCAGCCUGCAGGCCCGGUCGGCCACACUCUUCAUCCACCGAGCCCAGAGCCCUCCUGCAAUCAACGCCAGCUACGGCCCCUUCUCUGUGGAGAAGACUGUGCCCUGGGACUUCCUGCUCGCACCCACCCCUUUCGGAAAUAUGGAGAGGUUCCCUUUCAACUGGAGGCUCAAAUCCCACAUCCUCGACAGUUCCAUCUUCUCCAACAGACCCAAAGUGCAGACCCUGUUCUACGUCACUGGCAUGGGCUGGGAUGACAGCGACCCUGGGGAUGAUCUCCCCUGUGUCAAGAUGUUUGCUUUUCCAGAGGCCAGGGAAGUGGCAGCCAGCUGCCGGCUGCAGGGGGCCCCAGGGCUGUGUGUGGCAGAGCUGGAGUUGUUGCCUGAGUGGUUCAGCUCAGGUCUGGACCUGGAACCCGAGGAGGAGAUCCCGGCGAUACUGGGUGGCACGGCCAUGGAGCUCUUCUUUGCACUGUAUCCAGCCAACGAGGCUGGUCAGUGCCCACUGGAGGAGGAGGGCAAAUGGGAGAAUAAUAUCCACUCAGAGCAGGAGGAGCCUCAGCACCUGCUCCCUGCCCGGGAGAGGAUCGGCAGCGUGGUGGUCUACCCCACCCAGGAUGACCUGCGGUGGUCCUUGGUGAGCCUCGAUGACAAUGUGGCUCUCUCCAUUCCUCUGAACCUCAUCCGAGAAGGGGACACGGCUACCUUUUUGGUGUCUCUGACCAGUGGCUCCAUGGCGGACCAGUUCACUCUCCGAAUCAAGGCUGCCUCGGGCGUGAAGAUCACAGCCGUGCGGGUGAGCAACGAGAACCAGUGGGCGGUGCAGGAGGAGAUUGAGCAGGACGGUACCCAGACCACAGCAGCCCUGUCCUGCGUGGGACACCACCCGGAAAAACACAGCAGGGCAAACGGCUCCUACUAUGAGAUUCUACAAGUGGACUUCGGAGUUGACAACAGCAGUGGCCUGGCUGGGGCCCAGCAGAUCACCUGGCAGGUCGAAUACCCGGUGGAAGACUCCAUGAGUGAGCUCUUCGUCUCUGAGAUCUUCAUCAGCCAGACGACCUUUGUGGGCAUCGUCCCUCUUGCUAUGGACACAGAAGUUUUGAACACCGCCAUUCUCACUGGCAAGCCCGUCUCGGUUCCCGUCAAGGUCGUGGGGGUUCAAGAAGAUGGAUCUGUGGUGGACGUGUUGGAGUCUGUGGAAUGCAGGUCGGCCGAUGAAGAUGUGGUGAAGGUCUCGAGCGCCUGUGAUUCCAUCUUUGUGAACGGGAAGGAGAUGAAGAGCAAAGUGGGCACGAUCGUGAACUUCACCCACCAGCAUUUCACCUCUCAGGUGGAGGUCACCGUCUGGGUGCCCCGCCUGCCGCUGCAGAUGGAGAUCUCAGACACCGAGCUGAGCCAGAUCAAGGGCUGGAGGGUCCCGGUGGCUUCCAACAGGAGGCCCACCCGGGAGAGCGAUGAUGAGGAAGACGAGGAGAAGAAAGGACGAGGGUGCACCCUGCAGUACCAGCAUGCCCUGGUGCGAGUCCUCACCCAGUUUGUAACCGAGUCACCUGACCUGGGUCAGCUGACCUACAUGCUGGGCCCUGACUGGCAGUUUGACAUCACCAACCUUGUGACCGAGUUUGUGAAGGUGGAGGAACCGAAAAUUGCCCAGUUACAGGAUGGCAGGAUCCUGGCAGGGCGGGAACCGGGCAUCACUACCGUGCAGGUCCUCUCGCCUCUCUCUGAUUCAAUCCUGGCUGAGAAGACAGUUAUUGUCCUGGAUGACCGUGUCACCAUCACAGAGCUGGGCGUGCAACUGGUGGCUGGCCUGUCCCUUUCCCUUCAGCCUCACAAGGCAGACAAGAGGGCCAUCAUCUCUACAGUGGCGGCUCAGGAUGUUCUCCAAGCCCCGCAGCAGGAAGCCAUAGUCAGUUCCUGGAUUUUGUUCAGUGAUGGCUCAGUAACACCUUUAGACAUUUAUGAUCCCAAGGAUUUCUCAGUGACCGUUUCCUCCUUGGAUGAAAUGGUGGUAUCCGUCCAGCCAAACCUUCAGACCAGAUGGCCAAUCGUAGUUGCGGAGGGCGAAGGACAGGGGCCCCUGAUCAAGCUAGAAAUGUCCAUCAGCGAAUCUUGUCAGAAGAGCAAGAGGAAGAGUACUCUUGCUGUGGGUAAAGGAAAUGUCAAGGUCAGGUUUGAACCUGGGAUGCAUGAGCAGCAAGGAGGCAGCAAUGACAUCGAGGGCUUGAACCGGGAAUACAGAGGCCACCUCAGCAAUUCCAUAGAGCGUGAGGGAAGCCAGGAGCGGGCGGCCCAGGAGUGGUUCCAACAUGGCGCACCGGUUGGCCACGAGGACAGGACCAACAAAAGCACAACCCCACAGUCUCCCAUGGGAGGGAAGCUGCUCAAAGGCGGGGCAGAUGCCUUCACAAGCUUCCCCACUCAAGGGAAGUUGCCGGAAUCCAAUAACCCCGGUGACCUCACGAUGACCUCCAGGGGGUUAACAGAUCUGGAGAUUGGCAUGUAUGCCCUGCUCUGUGUCUUCUGUCUGGCCAUCUUGGUCUUCCUGAUCAACUGCGUGGCAUUUGCUUGGAAGUAUAGACACAAAAGGUUUGCUGUGAGUGAGCAGGGCAACAUCCCCCAUUCCCACGACUGGGUCUGGCUUGGGAAUGAGGUAGAACUUCUGGAGAACCCCGUGGACAUCACUCUCCCCUCGGAGGAGUGCACAAGCAUGAUCGACAGGGGCCUGCAGUUCGAGGAGAGGAACUUCCUGCUGAAUGGCAGCUCCCAGAAGACUUUCCAUAGUCAGCUGCUCAGGCCUCCUGACUAUGUGUAUGAGAAAGAGCUGAAAAAUGAACCCAUGGGCUCCUCUGGCCCCAAGAGGAAGAGAGUCAAGUUUACGUCCUACACCACCAUCCUCCCUGAGGAUGGGGGCCCGUACACCAACUCCAUCCUGUUUGACAGUGAUGACAGCAUCAAGUGGGUCUGCCAGGACAUGGGGCUGGGGGACUCGCAGGACUUCAGAGACUAUAUGGAGAGACUGCAGGACCAGAUGUGAAGUCCUUUCUUAAGUUCGUAUUCACCUUUAUGCCUUCUGUUUUCUGAACGGUGGAGCAGUGGGUCUGAUCAGCAAUAGGGGGUGACUCAACAAAGUGUCAGGGUCGGGGGGGUCUGGAGGGAUCCCUCUCUGAGUGGGUACCAGCAGUCUAGAGAGGUGGGUGAUAUCUCUAACACAGUGGCUCCCAGGGAUGGGAGACUGAAUUCAGAGGCCGGCAGCCGGCAGUAGACGUGACCACAUAGACACUGUUGGUCACCUCACGACCAAUGGCCGUGUGUAAUAAGGUACCUUCCGGAUGGAUGGUGGUUUUUUUCUAUUCCUAGCCCUUUUAAAGCACAGUGGACACUCAUCGCGCGUGGCCUGAGUUUGGAUCUCCGUGGAGGAAGAUGACUGAAUGUAGCCUUCUUAGUUGUGGGAGUGAGGCUCAUUAUUUUUAUAUACAUUUGGACUCGAAUCUGUUCUUUUGACCUUGCAUUUUUUGAGGGGGAGGGGUUGUUUAAGAAACUCACAAAGAAGAAUUAUGUUUGAUGUUCCUAUGAGUUUUAUUCAAUGGGGCUCAUCAUGUCUGCCAGUUCUAGGUCUCUACACAGGAUGUCAUUUUUUUUUUAAAAAAAAACUUAGUUGCUGGGGACAGUGUUUGAGCAACACAUUCUCAUGAUUUGUCUCCUUCUUCUUGACGCUGGACUUUCUUAUCUAUCUCAGUGACAGAGGUGUUACUGGAGACCCAGAAGAGAGAGCUUUUUUUCUUUCCCCUUUUCUUUUAAAAAUCAUUUUCCACGUGAAGUUUAACACAUUUUGAGAAAAGUUGUGUCACAAACAUCUGUUUUCAUUGUCUGCUUGUUAGCUAUCUGUGGAUCUCCUGAGGGUACAGUUCUGAGGGUAGAGACUCCAACUUCACAGCAUGGAAACAAACCCUUUGUGCCCAACACAGUGUAUCAUUCAAACUAAAAUAAGAAACAGGAUUGAAAGGCUGGAGAGAUGGCUUGGUGGUUAGGAAUACUUGCUGCUCUUGUACAGGACCUGGAGUUCAGAUCAGAGCGUCCACAUGGUGGCUCACAACCUUCUGUAACUCCAGCUUCAUGGGCUCUGAUGCCUUCUUUUGGUCACUGUGGGUACUGCACUCAUGUGCACAUACACAUACACACAUACACAUUAACUAGAAAAAAAUCUUUCAAAAAGCAGGAUUGAUCUAUAUGGCAAAGAAAUGAAGAAACAACUUCAUAUUCAACUCUCCACUUUUCAUAUUAAAAAAACCAAUGUUUCAAGUUAGCAAUAUAUAGAAGUCAUCCAUACAAUGACUGAAAAAUAAAAGACACCCUCAAUUGUCACUUUGACAGAGAAGAAACCUCUCAGGCAUCUUUUGGUGAAGAAAGCAAUGAUUAUUUUUCCAAACCUGUAACUAUAAAUAAAUCAAUUUUCCAGAGCCCCAAAUCAGCUGUACAAACAAACUGUGGUAUUAAAUCAAAGUUUCAAGAGAAAAAAGAUUUUUGCAUAAUUUUCAAUAGAAGUGCUAUUUACAAGCAUCAUGAAUAGUCUCAAGAAAGACACGGAUUUUGGCUUGACAAAAUGUGACGUUUUUGUUUAUCAUCAUGUUAUAACUAGAAAACCAGACACUUGGCUAGUAUGCCUCAUUGUGAACUAACCGAGUCAUUGUCAACCUUCAAAAAAAAGGGAUUUUCAAAGGCCCUAAGCAGGAAGCACAUGCAGGAGGUCACUGAUGUCAAAGGGCUGCUCUCUGAGCCUCUCAGAGGAGAUGCGUUCUCAUCCCUCUGCUCUCAUUUUGUAUAUGUCCAGGCUGGAAACAUGGCAGCCAACCCUCCUAUAGCCAUGACAGGACAGCAAAGACAUUCUCCCUGCUUAUGACACCCCCAGCACUGCAGUGUGUUUACAAAGAGGGUUGGACAUACAGGCCAUGUGCUUCAACUCUAGAACUAUCUUGACUUGCUUCUGUGUUUAGAAUGGCUCCUAAGAGCUGAAACUGCUGGGGUCCCCAAAACCUUUAACUGGAGAAUGAAGCCUGGAGAUGAAGGUAUUGCAUGAGCUUGGCUGACAUCUGCUGCUGCUAAGAGCCCUCUAGUUAGCCAAAUGCUUCUGGAAAGAUUGGAGUGGGGGCAGGUAGCCCCAAACCACCUGUGCAGGGUAGCAGGACUCCAGAUAAGCUUGGCUCCUUUUAUGAGCCAUUUAAAAUCCUAUCUCCCAUCACAGAAAUAAUGGGAACCGACAAUGAGACAACUGGCUGCAAGCAAGGACCCACAAACCAGGCUGCCUCCUAUUGGUCAGAUGGGGCCUUGGGCUUGCCUAGAGCUUAGCAGGAAAUUACCAGGGACAGCACAAGUAAGGAUUUUCUGUGGUUGACAUACUUGAAGCAGGAAGGGAGAUGCUGACCAUCAUGCUGAAGAUGCCUCCGUGGGCCUCUCAGACACACUCUGAGUUGGCCUCAGUGCACAUUUCUCCGUGUCUUUGUGUUAGGCUAACAUCAGUUCAAAUCAAAGCCAAUGGCAGAUUCUGAGGGGGAAAUGACCCUUUUAAGAUGUGACACACAGUUCUAUACGUACAGACACAGCAUAUGCACACGCAUCCACAUCUCUCUGUGUGAAUGCCAAGGAGUCACACACUCAGGCCUUUGGUGGGAAUCAAGAGAGUCAUUCUCAGAUUCGUCUUGGACAGGACUCAGUAUCACAGUGUCACAGAAGCAUCCUCUGCUCGAAGUAGCUCCUGCAGAUCGUAAACUGUGACUGUCUCACCUGAUUUUCCGUCAAGUCAGCUAUGAUGUUUGUGCUAGCCUCUAACCCACAUGAACUAGAAUAGGGGAGAUGGCACAAACCUCAAGCCUUAAAAUCCAAUUUCCCAGGGCUGUGUAUUGGCCUGGACUAAAGUUUCCAUGCAGAGAUAGCCAAAUUAUUACUCUUGAUAUAUUUCAUAUAUAUUUAUGACUAGUUAACCUGAGCCAGACAUACAUCAAGUCCCUUGCUCUGCCACAAGAAUGAUGCUUAUGCUCAGAUUCAUCCUGGGGGAGUCAGGAGACAGCGGCAGGCUAUAGGUUCUUUGGGCACUCAUAGGGAGGUUGAAACAGUAGACUGACCAAGGUAGUGUGACCCAGGACAUUCAAAGACAAUGUUGUCCCUAUCAUCAGGAUUUGCAUGUAAUACUGUUGGGGUCAAGGCAUAAGAACUGGAGCUGAAUGGUAGGUAUGCUAUAUUUGAGAGAUUCAUAAAUACAGUGGGAGCCAUGGCCAGAAGAGCAACAUCUAACUAAUGUUAGAAAACUGUCUGCUAUACUGGCUAUACAUACCCAAACUAUGACAAUUCUUAGCUGUCUGGGUAGAAAGUUUCUAUUUAUAGACAUGAAUGCAGCCAAGACAUGUAUUGAUUUUAUUUUACCCCUUGGCCACACCUAUGGAUGAAAGUAAUUUGUAACUCAUUUAAGGUUUAGGAAGUCACCUUUGGUCUUCUGAUCGAGAGAGAGAGGGGGCGGGGAGCUCAGUUGGUAAAGGGUAAAGUUUUCUGCAUAAGCCAGAGGGCUGGAAUUCAACACCCAGCACCCACAUAAUAAUCCAGGUAUGGUAGUGUAUGCUUAUAAUCCCAGCAUGGGGGAGGUGGGGACAGACAGGCACCUGAGGCUUCCUUUCCAGCCAGCCUUGCCUAAUAGGCAAGUUCCAGAUCCCAGUCAGAGACCCUGUCUCAAUACAAAGGUGGAUGGUGCCUGAGAAAUGUCAUCUGAGGUUGACUUCUGUCUUAUAUACAUGCUUUGGUGCACACAGACACAGACAUACACACACACAGAGGGGGGGAGGGAGAGUUAAAAAGAAAGGGUUGAGACCAUAGCGAAGCUGUGUCCAUCAGUGAGUAGUCCCCUGAUCCCCAAAAGUGACCACAGGUAGUAUUUCUGAAUCCUAUUGGGUUUUCUACUCUGGUCAUCCAGAAAGGUCUCUGUAAAUGACACCAGAGAUGGUUUAUGGAUUGCACCUUUCUCUUCCAUCAAAACCAUAUUUGUAUAAUGUAAUGCAUCUCAUCUGUCAUGUAGAGGGUGGAUGGUGGGACAAAGCUUUGCUGAAAUACAGGCAGCAGAUAUUUUUGUAUGUAAUAUAGGCAAUAUAACGAAACUGUGAAUGGUGUAUUGGAAUAAAUACAUUAAAAAAAUAAAAGCAUGUGAAACUGUAGCUCUUAAGUGUAUAGACAUCCAGCUCAAUAAUAUUUAAAUGGAUGAUGGGAAAGCAUUGGGGCCUGACGUUGAAAAAUACACCCAGUUAGGAAUUCUGACCUGGAAAGGAUGUUGUGGCUCAUGCUGGGAUUGUUGAUGGAAUCUUCCAGGACAUUUUGAUCUUACUCUUCAGUACUUUCUGAAUAUUUUUCCUUUUUUUUUCCCCCACACUGGAAAUAUUUCAGAAAUAAAGUGACUUCAUUUUUUUCAGCAUAAAGGUAUAUUCUAACCACAGGGUAACUCAUCAUUUUUAACAUGGAAAUAAACAUAUGAACAUUC